AUGCAAACCUCGAAAGAAUCUUCCCCGGUUUUAACUAAUAGCAGAAAAGAUGUUCUCUACUUCUUCCUGCUCAAUUUGGCUUCUUCAUUCAUGCUCUCGGCCGCUCAUAACGUUUUACAUUUCGUUUUGGAUUUCCACACAACUCUUAUUCAUUUCCUGCAUUACUUCUUCACUUUCUUAUUCAUGCUACUUCUCUACAAAAGUGGCUGUAUUCCAAAAACCAGCGUUCAGUAUCAAAAUCUGUACACUCCCGUUGGUUUGAAGGUAUUAGAAGUUUUGCUGUCUUCGAUUGUACACUCGCAAAAUCGAACUGGAGCUCUUUAUACUACGAGAAUCUUUGACUUUCUGUUCACGCUGACCAUAUGUUUCAAUGUACAGAAGUAUGUUCCUUCACGUGUAAACGGGCACCCGAAAGCUCCCUUACUGAUUCCUCUGGGUCUUUCUGUCUCGUUAGCCUGGAUGGAGUUCGGACAAAUGGAAUAUACGGCAUUCUCUCUAUUAUGCUCACCUAUUCUUGCUAUUGUUAGAGGUUUAUGCGUACUCAAAAUCCAGGAAGCUCAUAUUCAAAUGUAUCAAGGACAUGUCGAGCAAUUCUGUUUGUAUUAUUCCGGCCUUGUUUCGCUGGCUUUAUCAUUCCCAGCCUUUAUUUCGUAUGCUACUUCACAUGUGGAAGUGACAGCUAGUUGGGAAUCAAUAGACUAUGUCUUGAUGGGCUUGUCUUUCCUGUUCAUGUCUUCAAACGUUUACUCAGAGCUUUGGCUUAUAUUGAAUACAAACCCAAGAGCGUUUGCAGCUUUCGACCAUACAAAGAACUUAGGAGCUUCGAUAGCUCAAUGGAUUAUCCAGAACAUGGCCCAUCCAAACAUUCUUGCUUUGGGUGGCAAAAUCGUAGCGAUAGCUUCAAUAUUCCGAAUUCUAACGCGCUUAUGA